AAAGAUUUCAGUGGUCAUUCAAUUUCAGUCCAAUCUCAUCAGCCAUGGCGCCCCUUUCAUCUCUGCAGUUUCAGUCCUUUCCUCCUCAUAUUACUCCCUCUUUUACAAGAUUCAAGAAACCCCAUGAUCAAAAUGUUAUCUUCUGCAAGACCAAUCAACAAGAUCUGGAUUUAUGCUUAUCUAUUGAAGAUCAAUCUCUGAAAGUUCAAAGAAGGGAUCUUUUGUUACACACUGUAUUUGGCUCAUUAUGUCUACCUGCUAUGGUUCCAUUUGCAUUUGCAGAGGAAGUGGUGCCAGAGGGUUUCCAAAUUUACUCUGAUGAUGUCAACAAGUUCAAGAUAAUGAUUCCUCAAGAUUGGCAAAUAGGAGGAGGAGAAGGCAAUGGAUUCAAAUCAGUUACUGCAUUCUACCCUUCAGAAGCUUCUAAUUCAAAUGUCAGUGUAGUGAUCACGGGGCUUGGUGCGGAUUUUACCAAGUUGGAAUCUUUUGGCAAGGUCGAUGCUUUUGCAGAGAACUUGGUUAGCGGAUUGGAUAGAAGUUGGCAAAGACCCCCUGGUGUUUCGGCUAAGCUCAUCGAUAGUAAAGUCACCAAAGGUAUGUACUACAUAGAGUACACACUUAGGAAUCCAGGAGAAAGUGAAAGACAUUUGUAUUCGGUUUUGGGAAUAGCGAACAAUGGUUGGUACAACAGAUUGUAUACUCUCACAGGACAGUACUUAGAUGAGGAAUCAGAGAAAUACCGUUCAAAGAUCGAAAAGGCAGUUGCAUCAUUCAAAUUAGUCUGAUAAGAUAUACCUGCAAGCAUUGGUUUAACCAAAAUCAUGAUGACUGUAGAUGAUCCACAAGCCAGGUGUGUUGGAGAAGUCUAAAAUCACAGAUAAUCAAAGCUUCAGUACCAAAUGCAACAAAGAUUACCAGUUCAAGAAAAGCAAAUGAGAAAGAUGGUCACAUGAUAAGAAGAAAGAAUUUGAUAUUCUAAGUUUGUGAUGAAUUUGUCACUUUUAAAUAAAGCACAAUUUCAGCUACAGAAGUUUC